CGUAUUUAGUGUGAGCUGUUUUUCAGAGUUGGCUCAGUGUGAUUAAGACAGCGACAGAGUUGGCCAGUGGUGAAAGCUUGCCCGAUCCGAUACGAAGCGAACCGCAUACCUUAAUAAAAAUACUGGCACCGCGAAUAAGGAGACGUAAAAAGCAUUUCAAAUUUUAUACUUGAUUAACUUGACCACCUAAAAAUGUGCGGAAUCUUUGCUUACCUAAAUUAUUUGACGCCAAAAUCGCGACAGGAGGUUUUAGACCUUUUGGUUACUGGCUUAAAGAGACUGGAGUAUCGUGGUUACGAUUCCACUGGUGUUGCUAUCGAUUCUCCAGAUAAUAAAAACAUUGUGAUGGUAAAGCGAACUGGAAAAGUUAAAGUGCUAGAGGAUGCCAUUCAGGAGCACUUUAGUGGUGGUGAAUACAGCGAACCAGUACUUACACACAUUGGUAUCGCCCACACGCGCUGGGCCACCCACGGCGUGCCCUGCGAGAGGAACUCCCAUCCGCAACGCUCAGACGACACGAACGGAUUUGUGGUAGUCCAUAACGGAAUUAUUACAAACUACAACGACGUAAAAACAUUUUUAGCUAAGCGGGGCUACGAGUUCGAAUCAGACACAGACACUGAGGUGUUUGCCAAACUGGUGCAUCAUUUAUGGAAAACACACCCCACCUACUCGUUUCGCGAGUUGGUCGAGCAAGCUAUACAGCAGUUGGAAGGUGCUUUUGCAGUCGCUGUAAAAUCAAAGUAUUUUCCUGGCGAGUGUGUUGCCUCGCGUAGAAGUUCACCACUGCUGGUUGGAAUUAAGACUAAGACUCGCUUGGCCACAGACCACAUUCCUAUUUUGUAUGGAAAAGAUGACAAAAAGCAGAGUUCCGAACAAGAAAUUCGUCCUCAUGGACAAACUCGUGAAUUGCCAGUAAUACCGCGUUCCGACAGCACUUCGGAGUUCAUGCCAAUGGAAGAAAAAGAAGUGGAAUACUUUUUCGCUUCGGACGCCUCAGCUGUUAUUGAGCACACCAACCGGGUUAUUUACUUGGAGGACGAUGAUGUUGCAGCAGUUCGAGAUGGAACAUUAAGUAUUCAUCGUUUAAAAAAGAGUCUUGACGAUCCUCAUGCUAGAGAGAUCACCACCUUAAAAAUGGAAAUCCAGCAGAUUAUGAAGGGAAAUUACGAUUACUUUAUGCAGAAGGAGAUUUUUGAGCAACCGGAAUCUGUGGUAAACACUAUGCGCGGACGCGUCCGCUUUGACGGAAACUCGAUUGUAUUAGGCGGAAUUAAGGAUUACAUUCCGGAGAUCAAGCGCUGCCGCCGCUUGAUGUUGAUUGGGUGUGGUACAUCAUACCACAGUGCUGUCGCCACGCGUCAAUUACUUGAAGAGUUGACCGAGCUGCCAGUCAUAGUUGAACUAGCGUCCGACUUUCUUGACCGAAACACACCAAUUUUCCGUGACGACGUCUGCUUUUUUAUAUCGCAGUCUGGCGAAACGGCCGACACUCUGAUGGCCCUUCGCUAUUGCAAGCAGCGUGGAGCCCUGAUCGUAGGCAUCACGAACACGGUGGGAAGCAGUAUCUGCAGGGAAUCUCAUUGUGGCGUGCACAUUAAUGCCGGUCCUGAGAUAGGUGUGGCCUCUACAAAGGCGUACACUUCGCAGUUCAUCUCUUUGGUAAUGUUUGCGUUAGUUAUGUCGGAGGAUCGCCUCUCCUUGCAGCAACGCCGCUUAGAGAUCAUGCAGGCGCUGUCCAAGCUCGCUGAUCAGAUCCGCGCCGUUCUUAAAUUGGACUCGAAGGUGAAAGAGCUUGCCAGGGAUCUGUACCAGCACAAGUCGCUUCUGAUAAUGGGUCGCGGGUACAACUUUGCCACCUGCCUUGAAGGCGCUUUGAAAGUGAAGGAACUGACCUACAUGCACAGUGAGGGCAUAAUGGCAGGUGAACUCAAACAUGGCCCGUUGGCCUUGGUCGAUGACUCUAUGCCUGUCUUAAUGAUCGUUCUGCGUGAUCCUGUCUAUGUUAAGUGUAUGAAUGCCCUUCAGCAAGUCACCUCACGAAAGGGAUGCCCCAUCAUAAUCUGCGAGGAGGGAGAUGAGGAGACCAAAGCGUUCUCGUCCCGUCACUUGGAAAUUCCUCGCACAGUCGACUGCCUUCAAGGAAUUCUCACAGUUAUCCCCAUGCAACUACUGUCUUAUCACAUUGCUGUGCUACGCGGAUGUGAUGUCGAUUGUCCCAGAAAUUUGGCCAAGUCAGUGACCGUGGAAUAAAAAUGUUGCAUAUCUGUACUACAUAUAUACAUAUAUUGAAAAUCCUUAAUAUUUGGACCUCAACAUAGGGGCUUAAAUUCGUAUAAUAAUCUCAAGCACCUAUUAAAUUAAUUUACAUAUUCUUAUGUGUAAAACCACAAACAACUUUUUGAAUUAAACAUAUCUUUCUAAAA